AGCUUUGCCAAGCAUUUAUCAGCUAAGCAGAAAAUGAGCUUAACAUCCUGGUUUUUGGUGAGCAGUGGAGGCACCCGCCAUAGGCUGCCACGAGAAAUGAUUUUUGUUGGAAGAGAUGACUGUGAGCUGAUGUUACAGUCACGAAGUGUGGACAAGCAACAUGCUGUACUUAAUUAUGAUGCCUCUAUGGAUGAACACCUGGUGAAGGAUUUGGGCAGCUUGAAUGGGACAUUUGUGAAUGAUGUGAGGAUUCCAGAACAGACAUACAUCACUCUGAAGUUAGAAGAUAAACUGAGAUUUGGAUAUGAUACUAAUCUUUUUACUGUCGUCAGGGGAGAGAUGAGAGUCCCUGAAGAAGCACUUAAGCAUGAAAAAUUCACAAGCCAACUCCAGUUAUCCCAAAAAUCUUCAGAGGCAGAAGGAUCAAAGCAAACCAGCUCCAAAAGCUCAGAGUCCAAGAUAACAGACUCCACAGCUGAAGUGCACCACAAAACUACAGAAGCACUGAAAUCUGAAGAGAAAUCAAUGGAUCUUUCUGCCAUGCCUCGUGGGACACCUUUGUAUGGACAGCCAGCCUGGUGGGGCGAUGAUGAAGCUGAUGAAAAAAGUGGUUGUAAGCCAGAGAGCAAGCAUGAAGAAAAAAUGCAUGAGACAGGGGCUUCAGGAUGCAGCACAGAUGCCAAGCAAGCUGAGGAGCAAUCUGCAGCUGCAAGUGAAGAACUUUAUCCUUUCUGUAGGGAGCCAAGUUAUUUUGAAAUCCCUACAAAAGAAUUCCAGCAACCUUCACAGGUAGCAGAGAGCACUAUUCAUGAAAUUCCAACAAAAGACACCCAGAGCUCCCAUGCAGCAGGUGCAGGGCAUGCUUCCUUUACCAUUGAAUUUGAUGACAACACUCCAGGAAAAGUAACAAUCAAAGAUCACGUGACAAAAUUCACAUCGGAACAACGUCACAAGUCAAAAAAGCCUUCUUCCUCCAGCGGUCAGGACCUGCCUGGGCUUCAAACGGUGAUGAUGGCCGCAGAGAGCAAAGUAGCAGAUUGGCUAGCACAGAACAAUCCUCCUAGAAUGAUAUGGGAACCGACAGAGGAGGAUUCCAAAAGUAUUAAGAGUGACGUUCCAGUGUACUUGAAGAGGCUUAAAGGGAAUAAGCAUGAUGAUGGUACACAAAGUGAUUCAGAAAAUGCUAGUGCACACCGGCAUUACAGUAAGCGGGCAGUACUUGAAGAACACUUAAGGCAUCAUCAUACAGAGCUGAAAAAGUCGUAUCAGAAAGUCCAUUCCACAGAAAAAAAGCAAGAGCAAGCUGGUUUGACUAGCUCAUCACAUCACAAAGCAGUACAUGGCGUUCAUGCAAAACUUCUAAAACAAAAAUCGGAAGAACCCUCUGCUGCAUUACCUGUCUUACAAGCUGCAUUGUUAAGGAGUUCAGGAAGCCUUGGCCAUAGGCCUAGUCAGAACCAGGAGGUGGAUAAAAAGUUGAAAAGCCAACAUAUUUCUGCUGCUACUGAAAAGGACAAUGAGGAUGACCAGAGUGACAAAGGUACUUACACUAUUGAGUUGGAAAAUCCCAAUUCUGAAGAAAUGGAAGCCCGUAAAAUGAUUGACAAGGUAUUUGGAGUGGAUGACAGCCAGGAUUAUAAUAGGCCUGUAAUCAACGAGAACCAGAAAGAUUUAGUAAAAGAUUGGGCUAUAAAUUCUGCUGCAGUAGUGCUGGAAGAAAAAAGACCACUGAGUACAACUGGAUUUCUUGACACAGAGGAAGGUUCUACUGCUCCUGGAAGUAAACGUUGGGUAUCACAGUGGGCCAGUUUGGCUGCUAAUCAUACACGUCAUGACCAAGAUGACAUCAGAUUGGAAUCAUCUGUGCCUGCUCCAUUAGAAAACGACACAGACAUCAGUGAGUCUGGUAUUUCCAUUAGAAGCACUGGUUCAGCUGCUUCUAUGACCACCCAAGGUGAGCGAAAGAGGAGGACGCUUCCACAGCUUCCCAAAGAGGAAAAAGUGAAUGAAAGCUCAAAAGCAAAAACUACAUCUCAUCAGAGGUCAGAAAUAGGUGAAAAGCAAGACACUGAACUUCAGGAGAAAGAAACUCCAGCUCAUGCCUCAGAAGCUGACAGCAGAAGUAUAGCUAAGUCAAGCAGAACAAUGAAUGGUCUUUCACCCAAAGCUACUGGAGACAAAGUUUUUUCUUUGCCCAGCUCUUCCAGUAAAGAGAGAGUUGAAACUGGUAGAGAAACUUCUGUGGUGAAACAAGCUUUAGCAAAAAUUCAACAACAAGAAAGAAAGGAGCAAGGACACUGGACACCCACAAAAUUAUCCUCUACAAAACCUGCUGCAAACCAGGUUGAGAAAGGUAGGGAGGAGAUUGCUACGUCACCCAAAACUUUGGAUAAUCAAGACAAAGCUCCUGGACAUGUUACAGGUAAAGCAGAAAUUAAGUUGGCACAGACUGAGGGAAAAAGAAGAAAAAAUGAGGACACUAUUAAAGGACAAAGUCCUAAAGCAUCCGGAGGAGAAAAAAAGGAAUCUUCAAAACCAUUAGUGAGGCAAGGUAGCUUUACUAUAGAUAAGCCUAGCACAAAUAUACCUAUAGAACUUAUUCCUCACAUUAAUAAGCAAAGUGGAUCUGCUGCCCCUUUAGCAUCUGCAAACAGGAUACGUGACAGAAGUGAUUCAAUGGAGACUGAUUCCAGCCUAGAUACAACACUCAUUUUAAAAGACACAGAAGCUGUAAUGGCUUUCCUUGAAGCUAAAUUGCGUGAAGAAAAUAAAACUGAUGAAGGUCCUGAGACUCCUAGCUAUAACAGAGAUAAUUCCAUAUCACCAGAAUCAGAUGUAGAUACAGCCAGCACAAUCAGUCUCGUUACUGGUGACACUGAAAGAAAAUCCACGCAGAAGCGGAAGAGCUUUACAACCUUGUAUAAAGAUAGAUGUUCCUCUGGUUCCCCUUCAAAGGAUGUUUUAAAAUCUUCUGCAACAAGUGCCAGAGAAAAGAUGGAAAAGAAAACUAAAAGUCGAUCUUCAGAUGGUGGGUCUAGAGCUGAUGCUCGCAAAACUGUGCAAUCCAGUGGACGAAUGAGACAACCAUCAGUAGAUUUGACAGAUGAUGACCAAACAUCUAGUGUACCUCAUUCUGCUAUUUCUGAUAUCUUAUCAUCUGACCAGGAAACGUACUCUGGCAAAUCACAUGGAAGAGUUCCUUUUGCCUCAGCAGAUGAACUUUUACAUUCCAAAAUGGAAGGAAAGUCAGCUAAAUCAAAAACCUCUCCUGUUGCACUUGGGCAAUCUAGUAAAUCUACCACUCUUCCAAGACCUCGUCCUACAAGGACUUCUCUCUUGCGCAGAGCACGGCUUGGUGAAGCCUCGGAUAGCGAGCUUGCUGAUGCUGAUAAGGCUUCAGUGGCUUCCGAAGUGUCCACUACAAGUUCUACGUCAAAACCUCCAUCAGGGAGGAGAAGUAUUUCCAGAAUAGACUUACUUGCUCAACCUCGCAGAACUCGACUUGGCUCUUUAUCAGCACGUAGUGAUUCUGAAGCAACAAUAACUAGAAGCACUGCCACAUCUCGUACCCCAGAAGCUAUUAUCAGAAGUGGUGCAAGGUUAACAUCAGCAGGAGAUAGUAGUAAAGUUUCUGCUAGAACUCGGGCCAAUAGCAUUUCUCGACUUUCAGAUUCAAAAUCCAAAUCUUUGGCUUCAGCUCAUAAUUCUCCUUCAGUAAGUGCAAGAUGGAGGCGCUUUCCUACAGAUUAUGCUUCCACCUCAGAAGAUGAAUUCGGAUCAAACCGUAACUCCCCUAAACAUACCCGUCUACGUACCUCUCCAGCCCUGAAAACCACACGACUGCAGAGCACUGGGACAGCAGCUCAAAGUAGCAAUACGUUCAAGCACAGAAUAAAGGAACAGGAAGACUACAUUCGUGACUGGACUGCUCACCGAGAAGAAAUAGCAAGGAUCAGUCAAGAUCUGGCUCUCAUCGCACGGGAAAUCAACGAUGUAGCAGGAGAGAUAGAUUCAGUGACUUCAUCAGGCACUGCCCCCAGUACCACAGUAAGCACUGCUGCCACCACCCCUGGCUCUGCCAUAGACACUAGAGAAGAGCUGGUUGACCGAGUAUUUGAUGAAAGUCUCAAUUUUAGAAAAAUCCCUCCACUAGUGCAUGCCAAACCACCAGAGGGGAAUGGUCGGCCUAAUGAUGCUCGACCUCAGCUAACAGAUGCCCUCGAUCCCCCAACAAUUACCCGGAGAAGGACUUGGAGCAGGGAUGAAGUUAUGGGGGACAAUUUGCUGUUGUCCUCAGUCUUCCAAUUUUCUCGCAAGAUAAGACAAUCCAUAGACAAAACAGCUGGCAAAAUCAGAAUAUUAUUUAAGGACAAAGACAGAAAUUGGGAAGAAAUUGAAAACAAGUUGCGAGCUGAAAGUGAAGUUCCUAUUGUGAAAACAUCGAGCAUGGAAAUAUCAUCAAUCUUACAGGAACUGAAACGAGUUGAGAAACAGCUGCAAGCAAUCAAUGCUAUGAUUGACCCUGAUGGUACCCUGGAUGCUCUGAGCAACUUGGGAUUCGCCAGCCCCAUCUUACCAGCUCAGCCGAAGCCGAAGUCCAGUCCCGUUUCCCAAAGUACCCGUGCUCAAGUGCAGCCAAACUGCCAGCCCGAAGCUCGGGCUUUUCGCCCUGCCGCCGUCCCUGUUGCAGCUGAAUUUGAGAAUGCUGAAUCUGAGUCAGAUUUCAGCAUACAUUUCAAUAGGUUUAACCCAGAUGGGGAAGAGGAAGAUGCCACCCUGCGUGAGUGACAUCUCAGUGUUGAUACAAAAACCUUUCAUGUGGAAUGUUUAGGAAUAAAUGAAAAAUUAUAAUAGUGGUUUUAUAAUUAAAAAAAAAAGGCUUGGUCAAACAGCAGUUGUUUUAUUAAACCAGUUUUCUUUAACUGUGAUGCUUUGAUUGCCACACAAAUCCUUUUCAAAUCAUAAAAAUAUGCAUAGAUACCAGUGUAGGAAAGCAGAUUGUGGCAGGUUUGCCCUUUGUGGUUGUGUGCUUUGCAAAAUAAUUAUUAUAUCAGCAGUUUUCCCUUAAUAGAUUUAUUUCUUUUUAAAAGCCAUGCAAGCAGUCUAACAUUUAAUGUUACUGAAACCCCAGAUCUCUUUGCCAAGCUGCUCUAAUGAAUGGACUUCCUCCACUAAAGUUUGUACAGAACUGUUGAACAGUUACAUUUGAUUCUGAAUUAGAUGAUUUAUAUAGGAAACAUUAUCUUUGACUACAGUGACACAUUACUGCAAAAGGUAAGACAGAUUUUGGAAAGCAUUCAUUCUUGUGUACUGAGUAUCUCAAACAGUUCUGUGGUUUAUAUAACCUUGUUGCUGCGUAAAUUGUCUUGGGGUUUACAAAGUCCAGAUAUUAUGUUUGCACUAAGAUUUGCUGGGAGUGAUAGGUGAACAUAUCGAUAUCAUUAAACAGCAAGCAGUGUUUUGGUGUACAUAGAAAACUGGUAAUACUGUACUUGUAUUAUCAUUGCAGUGUUUUAAUCCACUUUCUGAAAGGACUAUCUGGCACUUUUUGAUCUUCAAAUGUCUUUUGGUGUUAAUGAAAGUAGAAGUAUUUCAUAUCUGAUUUCUGUCCAAAUGUUUGUUGAAACUAGGAAACAUUUUAAACAUACAGCAACGUGGGACAUGUUGAAGCAUAUUGAGGCAAAUGGGCUUUCAACAAUUCAAAUGCAACAUAAGCUUACAGAAGAAAUUAUCGUUCCUUGGAAUGAUCACGAGAUGUAAAAUUUUCUUUAGGGGACUUGGAAAUAGAGUUGUCAUAAUUUGCCUGAUCGAUAGAUGCACUCCCAAGCAAAUAAUUUUAUUUGCUUCUGUAUAUUUUCCUGUAGUCUUGCUAGUAAAGCUGUCUCUGUCUUACAUAUUUAAAAGGAUUCUGGAAGACGACUGCUAACAUAGAUGUUUUGCUUCUACCACUGAAAAGCAAGUCUAUUUAAAGUUUCCUAUAUAAGCCUAUUUUCCUUAUAAGUUGUCCCAGUAACUUAACAUUUGGAAAUAAUAAUAAAAAUAAAAGUAAAUUACUUUGUAUUUCCAGAACACUGUAAUUUGGAGGAAUGUUAUUUCUGUUAAAUGUAACUAAUAGACUGGAAUUUUCCUAUGUUUGCAUCAGUCUCUCUAUAUAAAGGUUAAAGAUACAGUUUUGCAGCUUUUAUGAAAUGGUCUUUAAUAUUUCAGCAAUAAUCCUAUAUGACAUUUGUUUAAAAAAACUACUUUCUGUACACUUUUAAAUUGUACAGGCUUUCAGAAGUCAGUGAAAGUUGGACCAGUUAAUAAAAAUGCAAAAACGUUUUUUGUAGAGAUGUAAAAACAAAACCACUAAUCUGUUGUAUAAUGGAUUUCAUAUUUUCUUUAAAAAAAUUAAAAAGCAAACAGCCUUCAUGUAUGACUUAAUAUGCUCUGCUCCAGCUAACUGUGGAAGCCUGAACUACACUAGUUUACAGAGGCUACAAGAAAGGUUUUAGAAGGUGCAGAAGGGCAAAAAUGAAUCCACACUAGAGCUAGGUGUUGAAAACCAAGUGUACCAAACCAUCACCAUAAUUCCUUCUUUUGCGUAAUGCUUGGGAACAUAAUUUUUCUGCAGACUUGAGUGGAAAGUAGGAAAAGGCUAGGAAAGAUUAAAGGUGCAGGCUCUUCGAGCGAGAUUGUGUUUGUGUUCUUUCAGGCUUUUAUACCUUUACGUUCUGUAAUAAGCAUUUUGCAUUUCUAUGUUCUUAUUUUGUAUGAACAUGUUCUCCUUAUUUAUUUUUGUUACAUUUAUUAUGUAUGUUAUUUUGUUAUAUGCAUUUACAACUCCAUUUUUAAAUAAAGUGUUUCUGGAACUUUA